CUUUUCAGGUUGAUGGAUAACUACACAUUUAACAGCCUCACCCUCCAGAUCGAGAGACUGAAGGUCUCAAAAGACUCAGUUUUCACUGUCUUUCUCUUUCUCUCCUACAUUUUUAUAAUGCUUUUGAAUGUUGGCAUUGCUGUUCUGAUUCUCAUUGACAAGAACCUUCACCAGCCCAUGUAUCUCCUUUUCUGCAACUUGCCCUUUAACGACAUCCUUGGAAAUUCUAUUUUGAUGCCCCGUUUGCUUUUAGACAUGAUGAAGCCUUCCUCUGAGCUCUUCAUCAGUUAUUAUGAAUGUGUGGUCCAAGCUUUCAUCUCACACAUGUUUGGUACCGCUGCUCAAACUGUGCUCAUGAUUAUGGCCUUUGACAGAUAUGUGGCCAUCUGUUAUCCUCUGCGCUAUGCUGCCAUAAUGACCAACAAAAUGGUGAUGAAGCUGACGGCGUCUGCCUGGGGAGUGGCGCUUGUUUUGGUGGGGAUUCUACUCGGUCUGACCAUACGACUGAACCGAUGUAGGACUUUGAUUGAAAGCCCUUACUGUGACAAUGCCUCACUGUUUAAACUCUCCUGUGAUAGCGUGUUGAUUAAUAAUGUCUAUGGCCUCACUUUUACAGUCGUCCUGUUCACAUGUUCCAUCGGCAGCAUGGUCAUCACUUAUACAAAGAUUACAGUCGUCUGUCUCACCAGUAAUAGCAAGUCUUUGAACAGUAAAGCCUUAAAAACCUGCAGCACUCAUCUGGUUGUGUAUCUGAUCAUGCUGAUCAGUGGGUUUACUGUCAUAAUUCUGCAUCGCUUCCCUCAGUACUCAGACUACAGGAAACUUUCUGCCAUUCUGUUUCAUAUCAUCCCUGGCAGCCUCAACCCCAUUAUUUAUGGCGUGCAGUCUGCAGAAAUCUGCAAAUCCUUGUCAAAAUUGUUUAGAUCCAAACCAGUUAUGCCGUUAUUCUGA